AUGGAUCGAGCUAAAGAAGUGUGGUGGGAGACAUACAGACGUAAACGGUCUCGUCGAAUGAACAUGGAGAACAUACUUCGCAAGAGUGCCUUCGACACGGCGGCGGAGUACACCAGCCACAGCUCCAUAGCGGGGGUCAAGGAAAUAUUCGCACACAAUAUUGGACACUACAGGUUGGCAUGGAUAGCUGCCUUCUCAGCAAUGGUGGUCGCCACAUGCUACUUCCUCGUGCACAUCUGGUCCGACACGCUCACCAAGCCCCUGAUCGUCACCAUGGAGUCCUCCACCUACCCCAUCAGUGAGAUCGACUUCCCAGCCAUUGCCAUCUGCAACAUCAACAGAAUCAGCAAGAAAACUUUUAACAAGCGCGCCGAAAUGCUAUGGUCAAGGUUCAUCUCUAACACGGCAUCAGCAUCAGCCAAUCAGACAUUUAGAGAAUUCAAAAAGCUUUACGGGCAGUUAGGCCGACUCGUGGAUUCCACCUGGACACAGGACUUCAGGAAUCACCCGUUUUCAGUAAUCUUUGAUCAUGAGAUGAUAGAUGAGAUGUUGUUAACAGAGAUGAAAGAGCUGGCCCCCAGCUGCUCGGACAUGCUACUUCGUUGCGCGUGGGCUGGCGAGUUAGUGAAAUGUUCCGAUAUCUUCACGGUGCGGCGCACAGUCAAGGGACAUUGCUGUGCCUUCAACUUUAUACUCGACUAUGACUCCGCAGGAAGUCCAGAAAGAACUAUAGCUAGUGCCAAAAGACAAAUGAGCGCUGGAAUCUCGCAGGGUCUGAACUUUAUCCUCGACCCGAUGUUGGACGACUACCUGUACCCGCUGGGCUACGUACCCGGAUUCGAUUUAUUCUUAUUCGAUCCCACACAUUUCGCGGACCCCAGCGGUGGGCGCGUAAUUCACCGCUUGAUCGAACCCAACCAAGUCAUGCUGCUGCAUCUGAAGUCAGUCAAGCAAUACGCCACUCAUGAAGUCCGCAGAUAUCCCCUCGAAACGAGGAAGUGCUUGUUCCACGAUGAGCAAAAGCAAUUCGGCAACAUGUACUCCUACAGCGCUUGCAUCAUCAACUGCCGUAUUAGGACAAUGCAAUCGCUAUGCAAGUGCACGCCGUACUACCUUCCCGCGGGGAAGGGAGUGUCAAUAUGUCACCUAGACAAUCUCGCCUGCCUCAAUAAGUACAAAGAAAAGCUACUUUACCAAUACCCUAAAGGAGCUGAAACUAAAAAAGGAUUAGAGACAGAAACCCAAGAUUCCAUGAACUGCCCAGAGUGCCUCCCCGACUGCGAGUUUACCCAGCACUACACUCGGGCGUUCAAGUCCCCCAUGUCUUUACAGCUAUCAAAUCUGAGCGAGUUUGGCAACAAAGAUUUGAAGACUAUUUUCAGAAAACAGUUGGACCUUGUCAACAAGUCUAUCGUGGCUAUCUUCCAGCCCACAGACGAUUGUACCUUGGAUCGCCUAGAUGUUAUCUCAUACUGGUUUGAAGUCGUCAGUAACAUUGGUGGUUUUGCUGGAAUCUUCAUGGGGUUCUCGUUCGUCGCUAUUGCAGAAAUUAUCUACUUCAUCUUGAUCAGAUUCCCAAAAAUACUUUAUGAUAAUUAUAUGGAAUAUCAUUAA